AUGGCACUUUCAGUCUCAGGAAGGACUAUAUCGACAGUGGUCACUCGCUCCUGCACUAAGCUCUACCCGAUUAAUGCUCUCAUUACGACGUCGUCGGCUGUGACCUUAUUCCAUCUCAUUCCCAGAAAGCUUCAACUCGUAACUUGCCGUCACUCUCCCGCGAAAAUGUCAACCGCCACCUCCUCCGGCAACAGCUCCGCCACUCCGGCCACGGCUGAUAAAAUCACCACCGCUCCUUACGGUUCUUGGAAGUCCCCGAUAACCGCCGACCUAGUCUCCGGCUCCGAGAAGCGCCUUGGUGGCUCCGCCGUCGACUCCAAUGGUCGCCUCUACUGGGUCGAGUCCCGCCCCCUGGAGUCUGGACGUCUCGUUCUGGUGAAUGAAGGAGAGAAAGAAGGAGAUGAGCCAAUCGAUAUUACACCAAAGGAAUUCUCUGUAAGGACGGUGGCUCAGGAAUAUGGUGGGGGAGCAUUUAGGAUCAUUGGGGAUAGUGUAAUUUUCUCAAAUUAUAAGGAUCAAAGACUCUAUAAGCAGUCUUUAUCAUCUAAAGAAUCUGCGCCUGUGCCAAUCACUCCGGAUUAUGGAAAACCUCUCGUAUCGUAUGCAGACGGAGUUUUUGACUCUCGUUUUGAUCGUUAUGUGACUGUACAGGAAGACUGUCGUGAAAGUGGUACAGAUUCUAUUACAACCAUUGUGGCAUUCAAGUUAAAUGAUGAAAAAAGCCUAGAACCACAAGUACUGAUUGCUGGCAGUGACUUUUACGCAUUCCCUCGUUUGGAUCCAAAAGGAGAACGGAUAGCGUGGAUUCAGUGGAGACAUCCUAACAUGCCAUGGGACCGAUCUGAACUUUGGGUUGGCAGUAUAAAUGAUAAAGGUGAAGUGCACAACCAGAUAUGUGUUGCAGGUGGUGAGCAGAUAGUUGUUGAAUCUCCAACUGAACCUAAGUGGGGUCCUCAAGGAGAAUUGUACUUUAUCAGCGAUAGAGGAUCUGGAUUUUGGAAUCUGUAUAAAUGGGUUGAAUCUACCAACGAGGUACUUCCACUUUACACCCUUGAUGCUGAGUUUGCUCGGCCUCUGUGGGUUUUUGGUAUGAACUCCUAUGAGUUUAUUGGGCACAAUAAUAAGAACCUUGUUGCCUGCAGUUACAGGAAAGGCGGGAAAUCGUUUCUUGGUAUUCUUGAUGCUGCUAAAAACACAUUGUCAGCUGUGGAUAUUCCUUUUACGGAUCUGAGUAAUAUUACUUCUUGGCGUCAGUACCUGUAUCUUGAGGGAGCUUCUGCAGUUCAUCCAUUAUCAAUAGUGAAGGUGGCUUUAGAUGAUCAGAAAGCAAAAGCAAUUGAUUUCAAGAUCCUCUGGCGUUCUACAUCCAUCAGUCCUAGUUAUACAUCAUACUUCAGUGAGCCAGAACUGAUAGAGUUCCCAACUGGAGUCCCUGGUCAGAGUGCAUUUGCAUACUUCUAUCUGCCAAAGAACCCCAUUUUUCAAGCUGAUGGAAAAGAAAAGCCUCCAUUGUUGUUGAAAAGCCAUGGGGGGCCUACUGCGGAGACCCGUGGAGUUUUGAAUCUUAGCAUCCAGUAUUGGACAAGUCGUGGUUGGGCAUUUGUGGAUGUUAAUUAUGGUGGAAGUACUGGCUAUGGUAGAGAAUACCGAGACAGGCUGUUAGGACAGUGGGGUAUUGUCGACGUUAAUGAUUGUUGCAGCUGUGCAAGGUUUUUGGUUGAAAACGGAAAAGUUGAUGGUGAGCGGCUAUGCAUUACUGGAGGUUCUGCUGGUGGGUACACAACAUUAGCAGCGCUUGCAUUCAGAGAUACAUUUAAAGCUGGAGCCUCUUUAUAUGGUGUAGCUGAUCUAAAGUUGCUGAGGCAAGAAACACACAAAUUUGAAUCCCAUUAUCUCGACAAUCUUGUAGGGGAUGAAAGUGCUUACUUUGAGCGAUCACCAAUCAACUUCGUCGAUAAGUUCUCUUGCCCAAUUAUUCUAUUCCAAGGAUUGGAGGAUAAGGUUGUACCCCCAGAGCAAGCUCGCAAAAUCUAUCGUGCAUUGAAGGAAAAAGGAUUACCAGUUGCUCUGGUUGAGUAUGAAGGAGAACAGCAUGGAUUUCGAAAGGCUGAGAACAUAAAGUUCACUCUGGAACAACAGAUGAUGUUCUUUGCACGUAUGGUGGGACAUUUCAAUGUCGCCGAUGAGAUCAUUCCCAUCAAGGUUGAUAACUUUGACUGA